AUGGGGGAUGCCGAUCUCCUCAAACCCGUCGAGGCUCUUGUUCUCCCAUGUUCGUCGGAUCAGCGUCUUUCGGGCCCUGUCAACAAGGCCGCGGUCGAUGCCGAACCUUUCACAUACGACGACGCCGUCGCCCUUCAUUGUCAAAUCGAAGUUUUCCAGCGCUCGUACCAAAAGGAGGGAUACAAGGUUCCUGACAAUGCGUCCUCUCGAGAGAUUGAACUGGCCAUGAUUCGAGGAACCCUCAACCUCCGCAUCCACGAAAUCCGUCUCGCACUCUUCCACAACUUCGUCGCCUUCCCCACCCCGACAGCUUCGUUUCCCGCCUCUCACCCUACAGCGAUCCUUUUCAGAGACUACCAGAACACUCUCACCUCCGCGAUCGAGGCUUGGGCGAAGUUCCUUGAAGAGAAGCGUUACCAGGAGUGGUGGCUGGCUGUGCGCCAAGAACAGGAGGAUGCGGAGUAUGACGCCGACGCAGACGAUGGAGGCUCAUCUGGAGUCUCCCACCCCUUUCGUCAGAAGAAGAAAGAGAGAAAAGAGCGAGUACACCUGUAUCGCGCGGUCAAGGAUGAGAUGAGAAGACGCGGCGACUUGCUCGCUAAGGACGAGAAUUUCGUCGAUACGGGUGCGCGCCGCCGAAGUAACUUCAGCCUCCCUGAGCACGUCAAGACAAAGGACGACCUGCUUAUCUACCUCAACCAGCUCGGUCUGCGCUACACGCCCCGCACGGCUACACAGAGACGCCGGUCGAGACUUCGAAUGCUCGUGGCACCUUGA